UGUGUAAUUGGGGAACAUAGAAUUGCAGAAGAUAAUUUAACAAUAACAAAGGGUGUUGAUAAGAAUGUAUCUAUGGGAGAAAUCAUCACUACUCUUGCAAUUGCACAGGGAAAAUAUGUUGGUACUGGAUUGUUCAAUGCCCCACCUAGUGAACUAGAGCUUGAGUUUGAUUUUCAUGCCAAUGUAGUUGUGGUUGGAAUUGUUUAUCAUAUGCUUCUUGUUUCUACAAAAGGUGGCAAAGCUACACUUUCUAAAGAUGCUCAUAUCCCAUAUGGUAGCCAUCACAGGUUUUCUACAAUAACUCAACCACGUAAUUCACACAACUCCAUAAAUGCUCAUAUUCUAUUUCAACCAGUUCUAGUUUGUGGUAAUCAACUUAAUAUUCAGGGUAUGCCAAGCUUGUGGCUGCCAAGAUCAUUCUCUGAGUACGCUAAUUCUCCAUGGCCCCAAAUAGUUCAACUUGUUGAUGUAUCUGUUUGGGUGGCUGCAGUACUUGAUUCAUGCCCCAAAGUUACCAAUGGUUUUACUACCACUUGUAGUGCAUACAACAUGGUACUGCCAAUGAGUGUUGCUGAAUAUUUGCAAAUGACACCAAACGGAAAGCAUUCCAAGAAAUGGGAUCCGGGUGGUGGUGGUGUUGCUUAUUUUUUCAUUUCAAAGAAAGUCUUUACACAAAAUGCUAAAGAAGCUAAUUACAUACUUGAAGAAAGGUUAUGGUACAAACUAGGAUUUAUUAUUGAGUACCAUUUUGAUGGAGCAGCUUGUUUCAUUUCUGCUUUGGUACAAGAACUAGAAAAAUUUGGUGAUGCUUGUUUGUUCCAUGAAAAGCAAUUCAUUCAAUGGGAUCCUGGUGGAUGUUUUAUUGUCCAUGUGGAAGUUGCUACUAUUAUUCUACACCAUUUUCUUGACUUCAACCUUGAGGACAAGGUUUGUCUUCAUAGGGGGGAUAGUGAUAUGAUUCAUGUUGUUUGGAUACCAUGUGUGCUAGCAUGGAUGAUUGACAAUGAAGGAACUAUAAAUGACAUCAAGGCGGUAGAAAUUAUGGAAAAAAUAAAGCAUAAAAAGAUUGCGAGAUUACAGUAUUGUUUCAUAGUGCUAGAUGGAAGCCUUGUAGCAAAGCUAGUUGCUUUUGGAGUUACAAAAAUUGUUACAUAUGGAUGUCAAUUCAUGCAUAUAAUUGUGAGAAUUUGUGGCUGCACUAGUCAAGUGAAGAUGGAAAGAAGGAAAAAGUGGGAUCCUGGUAGACACGGCAAUAUGCAUACAACAACUUGGUUAACAAAGUUCAAGCAAUGGGAUCCGGGUAAAAUUGGUGUUGUGAGCAAUUGCUACAACCUUGAGGACAAGGUUGGUUUUAAAGGGGAAGGUAUUGUAAUGAACCCAUCAUAUUGGAUAGGCCCAAAUAGGAGUUAGUCAACUUAAGCCCAAAUAAUGAGACUAUGUAGAAACAUGAGUUACUAUUAAUAGGGUAGUAGGGGUAUUUUGUAAGUUAUGUGAUUGGUGAAGUUGUUAUUCUUCUCUCUCAAACUCUCUUUUCACAUCUCAAAUUCCUUUUGUAUUGCAACUAUUUGAUCUAAGUUCAAUAAGAAUGAUUCAUAUCUUA